AUGUUGGACGCUGACGUCAAGAAAAGGAUCAUCGAAGAAUAUCGAUCACACGAGUCGGACACCGGCUCAACAGAACUGCAGGUCGCCAUGAUCACCGAGCGCAUUCGGCAGGUGACCGACCAUCUCCGCACCCAUCGCAAGGACGUGCAUUCGCGCCGAGGCUUGGUAACGAUGGUUUCCAAACGCCGCCGCCUCCUCAAUUACCUGAGCAGCGAGGACGUAAGCCGCUACCAGAGUCUCAUCGGUCGGCUUGGCUUACGCCGGUAA